AUGGACGGUAGUCUUGAUCUCCAAGGGAAACGUGUUGCUGUCAUUGGAACGGGCGCCAGCGGAGUACAACUUGUUCAAGCAAUCAGCAAAGUCGCCUCCAACCUCACUGUCUUCCAGAGAACGCCGAACAUGGCUCUUCCGAUGGGCCAGAGUGAUAUGAACAAUGCCGACAACCAGCGGGUGAAGGAGAACUUUCAAGACGCGAAGCAAAAAAUUGACUCAACUUAUGCUGGGUUCCUCUACGACUUUGUGCCGUCAAUGGGGAGAGACGCCAAUGAGGAAGAGCGAAAUGAAACAUGGGAACAACUCUUUUAUCGUGGUGGCCUACACUUCUGGCUUGGAAAUUAUCUGGAUCUUCUGGAAGACCCGGAUGUCAACGCCGCAGCCUAUCGCUUCUGGCGGAAGAAGGCGCUCGCGAGAAUCACUAACCCCGAAACUGCUAAGAUAUUGGCACCAGAAAUUCCGCCUCAUCCUUUCGGGUCCAAACGUGUCAGCCUCGAACAAGGAUAUUUCGAAUGUUUCAACCGCUUUCGAACAAAAGAUGGUGUGGAGCACAAGUUUGAUGUGGUCAUUUUCGCCACCGGGUUCGAUGCAAUCACCGGGUCGAUGACCAAAAUCAAUAUUCGUGGCAAGGACGGAUCUAUCCGCGAGAAAUGGGCCAAUGGUGUCUACACAUAUCUUGGAAUGACCACCCACGGAUUUCCAACUUCUUCUUUGUCUAUGACCCGCAAGCGCCGACAGAUUUCGCGACAGGCCCCGCAUAUCGGAUGUGUUUUCGUCCUGGCAGUGGAGAACGCCUUGAUUGCACAUUACGGAGGUCCUGAAAACACCAAUAAAGUUGGUUCUGGCUUUGCCUUACUACUCAUUUUCUUGUUUGCGACUUUCUACGGCUGCGGUUUGGAUGUCUCUAGCUACGUCUACUGUUGCGAGAUAUUCCCAACAUGUGUGAGGGCAAAGGACGUUGGCUUUUCUAUCGCAGGCCUGUUCGUGAUGACCACCAUAUAUACUUCUGCAGCGGGGACGGCGUUCAACAACAUUGGAUAUCGAUACUAUAUUGUGUUCAUAGUUAUCACAUCAGCCAUGCUUCCCUUGAUCAUUUGGAAAUUCCCUGAAACGAAGGGCCUCAGCCUCGAGGAGAUCGGUGCUCUGUUCGGCGAUCGAGUUGCCCUGGACCGCUCACAGCUCAGCGAACAAGAGAGGUACAAACUAGAUGAAAGACUCGGUCGCAGCAUCAACAUGGAAAACUUUGAUAGAAAGGGAGCUCUAGAGGAGGAAGGAGACAACUUGGGAUCUCAGAUUGAGGAUAUUGAGCAGCGCGCUUCUUUCAAAGCAUGGAAAGCAUGGAAAGUGACCUCCUUGUCGCUAGUUUCAAGAAAUCGCCGGUUCGAAGAAAUGAUGAUGAGUCAGUGGAAUGGUAACGCAGCCAGAAGCACAAAUAUUCUUCGUAGCAGCACUCAGGUAAAACAGCCACAAGCUUCCAAUUACUUUCAUAGAUCUUGA